AUGAGUAGAGCCCAAGGGGAGGGUCGCAGCGAAAGUCUGCCGUUUCCUUCUUCGCCGGCCACCUCUUCCCCGUCCGGUGUGGCCCGAUCGCCUAGCCACGAAUCCUUCGCAACAGACCUUUCGUUGAUGUCAUUGUCCAGCUUGGGUUUCCGGCCAGUCAGGCCAGGAUCUGCAGCAGGUCCAGAUUCAGGCGAUGAAUUACGACGAAGUCCUGUAGUUAUGGAUGGUGGUGUUGGGGGCUGGGUUACAUCAAGAAGUGCCAAGAUCAGUCGCGGCGCCGGUCUGCUUCAGGUUCCUCCCGAACAGUAUGGCUCUAAAGCACGAGGUGGCUCUGCAGCUGAUGAUGUCUUGUAUGAAGAGGAAAAUGAAGCCAUUCGAAAUUGUGGUGCUCUUUCGUCCAUGUUGGGGCUGAUGAGAAGCUUCAGUACUAGCGAUCUGGAUCAGAAUGUAUUGGCCACUUCUGAUACGGAGACACUCAGAGCUUCAGUGUCUGAGAUGGUUCUCAACAGCUGGAAGCAUUACGACAUGCCGUAUGGAAGAUUGGAAUACACGUCCCGGUCCUGCUCAACGUGGGUUGCAGUGGGAGACAUAUCGACCACGUCUCAGUUGCCGUCGCCACAAACUUUGGCCGGUUAUGCUGCUGAGCAUCCUGAAAUGACGGCCAUCGAUUUUGUCCGUGCCAUCAACAAAAAGGUUCGCCAGAUGUAUAUUCGUAGACGCCUCGAGUCCACUUACAAGGCGUUGGAGCGAUUGACCCGUAGUGAACUCUGCCUGGAUCUGCCAUCAAUAGCCGUACCAGUUCCCGGUGGUGUGCAAGACCAGGUGCAGUUACCUCAAUUCCAUAUUUCCACCGAACUGGACCGAUCCAUUCGUCAUGAACUUCUCAUUUCCUCAGUUGGCUUUCACGGAGCCAAUAAAACACUGAGCCUCACCGUGAAAGACAUUGAACGAGACAAGGGGAAACCGCUGUCCAAGUAUGAACGAAAUAUCAUGAUUUUCAACUGGUUACAGAGCUUGGAUGAGAAUGCGUUUGAUCAAUUGGCAUAA